AUGGCGUAUCAGGCCGGAGAUAAAGAGUCCGGCGGAGACACGCGUUUCCUCAACAUGAACCGUGAGGUUACUGGCCUUGCAGCGGGGCGCCUGGAAGAGUCCGCCGGCAGGGACAUGCUGUUGGUAGGCUCACAGACAAACCUUCUAGCACACGACGUGGAGAACAACGCAGACAUCUACUACAAGGAUGUAGCCGAUGGAGUGAGCGCGGUGCUGCUUGGGUGCCUGCCUCCCUCACAGCAACCACUGGCCCUGGUUGGUGGCAACUGCUCAGUACAAGGUUUUGACGCCACGGGCACGGAGAGGUUCUGGACGGUUACCGGUGACAAAGUUUCUUCGAUGACGAUGGUGGACGCUAACGGGGAUGGGCAACGAAAGCUUCUUGUCGGAAGCGAUGACUUCGAGGUGCGAGUGUUCCGCCGAGAGGAAGUGCUGAGUGAAAUCACUGAGGCGGAGAGGGUGACCCACCUCCAAUCCUUGGACGAACGAAGACGGGGGUUGGAGACGACGGGCGAGAAGCCGGAGAACACUAUGUGGGCCUACGGGUUGGCGAACGGUACCGUCGGCUUGUACAACAAGAGCAGGCGUGUUUGGAGAGUCAAGAACAAGAACCAGGUGACGGCACUAGCGAUAUUUGACAUCGAUGGAGAUGGAACGGCGGAAGUGGUCACAGGGUGGAGCAACGGUGCCAUCAUGGCUCGGAAGGCAUCAAACGGAGAGCUGGUGUACAAAGACACCAUGGCCUCGCCAAUAGCUGCCAUCGUUGUGGCGGAUUAUCGAAUGAGCGGAGCCGACGAGUUGCUCGUUGUCAGCACCAGCGGCGAGGUCCGUGGAUACAUUCCCACCGUCCCUUCGUCUUCGGGAGAUGGCUUAGAGCGGUUAUCGAGCAACACGCGGAUACAAAAGAGUCAGGCGGCACGAAACGAGCUGCAGGAACUGCAGCGGAAGAAGGCUACCCUUUCGUUGGAGCUCAUGAGCCUGGAGGACGCAUCAAGAAAUAGAAAACAGGGGAUCCGGGGCACCGGCGCCAUUCCACUCAACACAGAGAUUUCUGCAGAGUGGCACCCUAGCGACAACGGUGGGCCUCUAGAGCUCCACGUGUCGACCAACAACGACGCCGUCAUUAUCAGCAUUGUUGUCCUCGAUCCGGACGGACGGCUGUUCGACGGAGAGACCUUGGUGUCGAGCCCGGAGAUUCCCAGCUCGAAGGGAGUGCUAGUGGUUUCCUUCACGACCUCGGCGGGAAGACUUCAAGCGGCCAAGUUAACAAUCCAGGCGCACGUGGGGUCCCGGGGCUACCCAAACAACCUCUAUGCCUUCGAGCUGCAGAAGGAGCUGCCAAAGUUCGCCAUGUUCUCACAGGUCAAGGAUCCAGCGACUACCCCGAAACCCGACUCGUGUGUGAUGUUCAGCCUCUCGGAUCAGCACUGGCGGGUGGGGCAGUGGAUCGAGCGGAGUUUUCUCUGUGGGCACGAGGUCGCCGAGAACAGAGAAAUCAUGGAGGCGUUUUGGCUCCCGCCUGAGGCGGAGGGCGAAAGUCCCGGGACACUAUGGGUGCAGGCGAGACUGAAAGCGCGCGUGGAGGUUCGAAUACGCUGCGAUAGCAUGGAGCUGGCAGGCGAGGUGGUGCAGGACCUGGGCCGUUUCCUCGAGGUGACGGAGUUGGAGUCCACAGCACACUUCCCCGAUGAGAUGGAGGUUUUGAGGGACGUGAUGGAGGGUGUGGUCGACUACAAUAGCUUAAGGCAGCAGCUCACCGCCGACAUGGCCGACAGCUCUCAAAGGGUGAAAGCGUAUGUCGUGAGAGCCGAGGAUGCCCGAUUGCUGGGAGACAUGCCGUUGGUGCGAAAGAUGUAUGCCGAGCUGAACAACCUCAACAGGCGGCUGGUCGGCGAGUACGCCAAGCGGGCAAACAAUCACCACGCACUACUUGCAGCCCUGAAGGAGGUCAAACAAACCGUGCAGAAGGCAUCGAAUCUGCGAAUAGGCCAGGCGAAGACAAGAGUGGUAUCGGACUGCCGGGCCGCGAUCAAGGCAAACAACGCGGAUGGUCUGGUGCAGGUCAUCUCCGACGGGUUAGAUCCCCUCGGAGCAGGCAUCGUUCCGAGUACAACCGAUGGACAAGGCGGACAGAGUCGUCUCGUCCCAUCAGCGGGACGGGGCGAGAAGUAG